AAAAAAAAAAAAAAAAACGCUUGGACGUUUUAAAGCGGAAUUCGAACGGGUCCCCCACCCCCAAAAACCAUGAAAUACAUCCCACAUAAAAUAUUAGAUUAUGCCCCCAGUUUAAUCCCUUUUUCUUCGCUAUCUAACUUAUUCAUUUAUGAUGAGUCUUCCCACGCUUAAUUUUAUAAACCAUCAAGACUUGAACUCUACCUUUGAUGGUGCAAUCAUUUUAUUUACAGAUAAAAAUGCACUAGUAGACCUCAUGCCCAGCACCAAAAAAUGGAUUGAGCUAGACGCCGAUUUUGGUAACUCGGUGCAGUUACUCUUACCAGAAGAUGGUGUACCUUCUCAACGUGUCAUUAUUUCUCCUACUGGAAGUCUUCAUAAUGAUUUUGAUGAUGUUCGCAGAUACAAGGAUGCUGCAUUUGCUGCUGGACAAAGAGCCUUGAAGGCUGGUUUCACCUCUCCCGUCAUUUAUUUUGCAGAUACCCCUACCAGUACGGAGCAACAAGGUUUACAUUGGUCUUUUAACCAUUCGGAUGACUAUGAAGAAUAUUUAAGUGUGACAGUCCUGGGUUUUUUGGAGGCCACGUUUGAGCCUAUUGAUGCACGCGCUCACUACGAUAAGAUCCAGCAACCCGCACCUACUUUUUCCAGCCUGAACAUUGUCCCAUCCUAUCAAAUCAAGGAUCAAGAUGAGUUUGCCAACAAGAUUGUAGCUAUUGAAGCCGGUCGAAGAAUUGCUGUUGAUAUAGGAUCACCCGAUCCAGAAAUGAUGUCGCCUGAGAAUAUCGUGAGAUAUAUCCAGGAACAUUUUCAAGAAGAUUCUUCGUGUAUUCAAAUUAAAGUGAUUGAGAACAUUGAGACCAUUAAAAAGGAAUACCCUCUUGCACAUGCGGUAACUCGAGCCAGUCUAGCAGUACCACGUCACCAUCCCCGUUUUGUUACCUUUGAGUACAAAUCUCCUGAUCAAUCUAAAGUAAAAGAAAAUCUUUAUUUUGUCGGUAAAGGUGUUACCUAUGACACUGGUGGAGCUGAUAUUAAGUGCAGUGGCAACAUGAGAGGCAUGUCUCGUGAUAAAUGUGGUGCUGCUGCUGUUGCAGGAUUCUUCAAGACGAUUGAACACUUGAAGCCUUUGCACGUCAAUGUAACCGCUGGUAUUGCACUCGUAAGAAAUUCCGUUGGACCCGACAUGUAUGUCAGCGACGAAGUUAUCUAUUCUCGCAAUGGUACCCGUGUAUUAGUCGGAAAUACAGAUGCUGAAGGACGUAUGGUGAUGACAGAUUUAUUAUGUGAGUUUAAAGAACGUGUGCUUUCCGAAGCCUCCAGCAAGCCUUCCUUUUUAUUCACCGUAGCUACCUUAACCGGUCAUGCCAUCCGUGCUUACAAUGGCUAUGGUAUUGUGAUGGAUAACGGCUUUGCCAGAAAACACAAGAUCAGUCAACGUAUUUAUGACGCAGGCCAUAUCAUGGCAGAUCCCUUUGAGAUCUCGACUUUCCGUCGUGAAGAUGUUGCUUGUGUGCAACCCGGAAGAUCAAGUGAGGAUAUUGUACAGGCAAAUGAUAAGCCUAGCACCAUGACAAACCGUGGACAUCAGUAUCCCGCUGGUUUCAUGUUAAUUGCUUCAGGUUUGGAUAAGCAUGGCAUCAAUACUGAAUCACCUAUUGGUUAUACCCAUGUGGAUAUUGCAGGUUCCGCUGAACUCAUGUCAGCUAUCGGUUGGAGUUUGCCCAGAGUGACAGGAUCGCCUGUUGCUGCUUUUACUGAUGCCUUUUUAACUCGUCAAUAAAUUAUUUGUAUGAAAAUAUAUAUUUUAUUUUAUUUUUUUUAAAAAUAAAAAAUUAUAGUGAUGGAAGAA